AGAGGGAAGAAACAAAAAUGGCGACACUUGAAUCACUCAACCUCUCACGCUUAUCUCCUCCAUUCCAAUUUCCCACAAAAUUAAAUCCCACUUCCACCCCCAAACUUUUCUUCAAAUCCCCUCUUUUUACCCCAAUUUCUAGAAAAUUCCAGGCCUGCUUAUCAUCAGCAAUCCAACACGAGGUUACAGAAGAAGAAGAGGAGGAGGAGAAUCUAGAGACAACCCAGAAAGAAGAUAAUGGAAAGAAACUGCUUUUUGUUCUUAAUCUUCCAUGGUCUUUCUCUGUCGCUGAUGUGAAGAAUCUGUUGGGUGAAUGUGGACCUGUGGCAGAUGUUGAGAUUAUAAACUGUGAAGAGCAUGGGAAAAGAGGGUUUGCAUUUGUUACAGUGUCUUCUGGGGAAGAGGCUCUUGCUGCCAUCAAGAAACUUGAUUCUCAUGAUCUCUUCAAGGUUGAAUAUGCAAAGAAAGCUACACCUCCAAAUGAGUUGUUUGCUGAUUCCCAUUCCAGAGUUGUGUUCAGCCCUUCAUCUGGAUAUGGAUUACUCUCAUUUGCCUCCAAGGAGGAAGCAGAAUCUGCAAUUUCUGCCUUCAAUCACAGCAAGGUUAAGCUCUCUGAAUACAUUGCCAACAACUAUGUCAUUCUCUUUUUCGAUCUCACUCCAACUGCACAUCAUCAAGAUUUCGGUGUUUCCGUUGCCACAAAACCAAUCACGCCUCCAUCUUCCUCCCUGAUUUCUCUUCCUGUUCCCCCAAAACCACCCUCUACGCCACCGCCCAUCUCCGCCACAAACACCCACCUCCAAGAAAAGCUCCUUUACCUUGAUUCCUUCGGAAUUGACCUAAUUCCUCUCCUCACCACCCACCCUCCCCUCAUCUCAACUUCCCUUUCCCAUAUCAAAUCCACCAUCUCUUUCCUCUCUUCCACCAUCCCGCUCGCCCCACCCGCCCUCCACCGCCUUAUAUCCCUUUGCCCUGAAGUUCUCACACUUCCACUUCCCUCCAUCAUCUCCACCAUCACAUUCCUCCUCCGAGAAGCCAAUGUCCGCACCCACCACCUUCGCCGCGUCAUCCACCGCCGCCCAAGACUCCUCGCCUCUGAUGUCAAAACCCGCCUCCGUCCCACCCUCUACUUCCUCCAGGGAACAAUCGGCAUUUCGGAGAUCAACAAACACGCCCAUCUCUUAUCCAGUUCUGUCGAAGACAAACUCCUCCCACGAAUCCAAUACUUCAACGAAAAGAUCGGAAUAUCCUACGACGACACAAUCUUGAUUUUCCGGCGAUUCCCGUCGUUGUUUUGUUAUAGUAUAAAGGACAACCUUGAGCCGAAAUUCAAUUACUUUGUGGUGGAAAUGGGGAGGGAUUUAAAGGAAUUGGUGGAGUUCCCACAAUACUUUUCGUUUAGCUUAGAAAAUCGGAUAAAGCCAAGGCACCGGCGGUGCGUGGAAAAGAGUGUGUGUUUACCAUUGCCGGGGAUGUUGAGGUUGAGCGAGAAGCGGUUUCUAGAACGGCUGGAGGAGUGCUGUGGUUCUUCUAUGCCGGUGAGGAAUUCUCCGUUUUGGUAUUACACACAUCAUAGUGAUUACUGACUGGUGAUAGUUGUAAAGUCUUGUUAUUAUUAUACAUCAUUCUUUUCAUUUCUGUGUAUAUAUCAUCAAGAUUCCUGGAAAUUGACUGUUUCAAAUCAGUCCAAUCUCCAAAGGAAUUGUAACUUGUACUGUUAAUUGUCAUAUGUCUGAACAAGAAUCAUCUGCUUAAUUGUGGAAGUGGUGUCUUGAAGAGGAUAAGACUGACAUUCAGAUGAAGUGAAUUCCAUUCAGCCUCUAGUGUUGGGUUGUGAA